GCUUCCGUAGCGUUUUAGACAGUAAACGAAGAAGAAGGAAAACCCGGAAGUUUAUUGUCCGUUUGCUACAUCUCUUACAGGUUAAAUCCCAAACUACUUCUACGUCUCCAGUUUAGCUGCGUAGCGACUGCAAGAAUGUCAGAAAGAAAAGUAUUAAACAAAUACUACCCUCCGGACUUUGAUCCAGCCAAAAUCCCUAAACUUAAACUCCCCAAAGAUCGACAGUAUGUGGUCAGAUUGAUGGCGCCUUUCAACAUGAGGUGCAAAACAUGCGGCGAGUACAUCUACAAGGGAAAGAAGUUCAACGCGCGUAAAGAGACCGUCCAGAAUCAACUAUACAUGGGACUCCCCAUCUUCCGCUUUUACAUCAAAUGCACUCGCUGCUUGGCGGAGAUCACCUUCAAGACGGACCCCGAGAACACGGACUACGCCAUGGAGCACGGCGCCACCCGGAACUUCCAGGCGGAGAAACUCAUCGAGGAGGAGGAGAAGCGAAUCCAGCAGGAGCGAGAAGAUGAGGAGCUCAACAACCCCAUGAAGGUGCUAGAGAACCGCACCCGGGAUUCCAAGAUGGAGAUGGAGGUGCUGGAGAACCUCCAGGAACUGAAGGAGCUGAACCAGAGGCAGGCCCAGGUGGACUUUGAGGGGAUGCUCGGCCAGUACAGAGAGCUGGAGAAGAGGGAGAGGGAGCGCGAGAUAGAAGAGGACGAGCGGGAGACCAAGGACAUGCUGGAGCGAGCGCUGGUGAAGAGACUGCGAGAUUCGGACUCUGAGAACGAAGACGAGAGCAACAGCGGCAGCAGCAAAGAUGGACAGUCAGAGAAAACCUCAGAGGCUGGAAACCCGACGGACAUCCUCACGGCCGACAGACCCACGGAAACCAACGGCGCCGUCACAGCGAAGAAGGCCAAGGUGGAGAGCUGGGAGAAAAGCGUGGGCACGCUGGGGGCCGCCGGCGCCCUCGGAUCGCUCGUCGUGCGCAAGAAGUCGGCGGUGGGCGGUCAAGUGAAGUCCGCUGCCGCUAGCUUGCAAACAGAUUCAAAGGCAUCGCCGGGUGCCAGCAGCGCGGCUAGCUCGUCAACUCCUUGCGCAGCGCCCCCAAACGGGUCUUCCUCGCUCAGCCUGCUGGGUGCUUAUUCGGACAGUGAGAGCAAUGACAGCGAAUGAGGAUCAACGUUCACAUGUACAUGCAUGAAAUUAUGCCCGCCAGUAAAUAUAUUUUGGUAUUUUAAUAAAUUCUCUUUGAAUGGACCUGAA